GUGUUUAAGGACCGCCGGAACUUUAUCUGCUUUUACUCUCCACGUUAGUUUAAUAAUGGACGUGACUCUGGAAACUUAUUGUUUACUGGCGCUGAUAGUUUCACCGUUUGCUUCCGGAAAGCCUCGAGCCAUUUGCCCAAAUCCAACUAUCCAGGCAGUGGAAGGUGAUACGGUCACUCUACAAUGUUAUCUGAAUCCCCCGCACAGCGUGGUGGAUUACGCUCUUGAUUGGACAAGAGAUGACCUCAACAAAGGGGUGUACUCUUAUCGAGGCAAGCAGGAAAAUCCAAAUGACUGGAUGGAUCAAUACAAAGGCAGGUCGACUCUCCACCUUGAAGACCUGAGCAGAGGCAUCCUGACUCUGCAGAUCUCCUCAGUACAGCUGGCUGACAGCGGACCGUACAAGUGUUUUAUCUCAAGACUGUUGACCAGCUGUGUUGUUAAUGUCACUGUUGAAACGAGGGGAAAAGACCAACAGAACGAGACAAAGAGAGAUGAAUCCAGCACAACUGGACCUCCAGAGGAAGAAGAGACCGAGCCAGACGAUCACAAUGCUGCAGAGAUGGAGGCAGUCUGGAAAACUCUCAUUCCCAUCCUUGUUGUUGCUGCUGCUGGCGGUGUUUUGUUUAUCCUGGUGAAACGUGGAAAGAUCAAAAUUUGCAAGAAGACGCUCCGAAGAGCGAACUUCAAAAUGGAAAACUUGAGGACCGGAGCAACAGAGAGGGAUGAAGACUGAGACCGAUAACUUGUUUUGCUCAACAAACAUCAAGUUAAAUGUUGUUUAUGGAACUUAAUAUCUCAAACCAAACGUCUCUGACUACGCUUAUAUUCUCUCUCUAUAUGUCUAAUAGCCUUACUUCUGGGGACUGAUGAUGAUUAAGUUUAGAGGGAAGAGGGACUGCGCCAAAAUCAUGGAAAUACAUUCACAGCAGCGACCAUAUUUGCAGCAAUUCCCUGUAUAUAUAUAUUAACACAUGAUGUGUAUCGAUUACUACGACGACUACACUUACAGUAGCAUUUUGUUCUGGGGAGUCACGGAGCGACGGCAUUAACAGUGUGCAUCUGUUGAAAUGUAUCAGGAGAGAUGGUUACUGAGUGAAAGACUGUUCCUACAUAUGUUCCAUAACAUUACUGUUAACGGGGGAUUCAUUUCAGUACGGCUGCUGUACCGCCUUCAUCCUUUCCUAAACAUCAGAAUCACUUUUAUUGGCCAGGUGUGUGGACACAUACCAGGAAUUUGACUCGGGUCUUAAAUUGCUCUCAAUGUACCUACACAGAAUAAGCUUAAAUAAACAGGACAGCAAGCUCAACAAAAAACAGACACAAACUAACAUGUACAGAUGCACACAUAAAGAAAAACAUUAUUUAUAGACAGCAAGACAAUCGUGCAAUGAAGCAGUGCAACACACACUAACACGUGCCUAAGAUGUUUUAUCUGUCUUUAUUUAUUUAUUUCUUUCUCAGCCUUAAUGUUGUGUUAUGUUCAUAUAUAUAUAUAUGUUGUGUACUGUGCAAAUAUUGUUGAUUCUUUGUUCGUGAAAUAAAUUUGAAUGAAUA